AUGAAUCUGUAUGGUCGAAAGGCGACUCUUGUUGUUAACAAUCAGGCACAGCAUCUGCUCGAGAAAUUUGGCGUCUCUCGUCAUCGAAGGCUUUGGAGCCUGGCCAAUAAUUGCGCGAAUUGAAAUGAUGAAGAUUAUAGUGUUCGCCAGCUUGAACCGGCAGUUUCAUUUAUCGAUGGCAGUUUGAUGGCAAAAGUUCUUUGGGCUACGUUUAUUUAUAAAGAAUUCCGAAGUUUUCAGUCCUCUUCGUUAGACCAUUUAUCAUGUGCACUCGGCUUCAAUAAUCCUCAACAACCAUUACAGAAAACGAUGAGCGAUGGAAUGAAAAUGACUUCCUUAUCAGAAAUGAGGAUUGGAAAUGGUGAAAAAAUAUUAAUAGCAAGUGUAAUAACUGGUUUUGCAAUCCUUUAUAUAUCUUAUGCUUCAGCGGCGAUUAUUAUAAGUAUUUUAUUAAUAAAAUUGAUAAGUAAACUGAACUACGAAAAUAAUUUUUGGCGAAAUCGAGGAAUUCGUGGACCAAAACCGAAUUUAUUUUUUGGUAGUUAUUUUCAACUUAAAAAUGGCAUUAAACCGUAUGAUAUCGAAAAUACAAAGAAAUAUGGAUCUGUCUUUUCGUAUGUUUCGUUUAUUGAAAAUAAUUUGGACUUUUAUUCCAUGAAAAAAGCAACCAUUUACACUUCAAUUUCUUUGAAACGAGCAGAAAUCCCGAUUAUAAACAAUGUUGUUGGCAAUAACAAACGAAGUCUACGAAGUAAGUUGAUGUUCGUACUGCGAGAUGAUAUUUGGCGUGAAAUUCGGCGUUCUAUAUCGCCGACAUUUUCAACUGCCAAAUUAAAAAAUGUAUGUACAAUUUAG